AGCAUCCUGUGUCGCCAAGGGCAACCGACAACAUCUGUUGCGCUUCGUGGCUUCCUAUUCCUGCUUGUGCCGCAGCCGCUGAUUUACAACAGCGAUUUUACCAAUCUGAAUCGGCACUUUUGUAGUUGUUGCUUUUACCCACCGGCUAAGCCUCCCACUCGGCGUCCGCCAUGGCGCUCCAGGACAAUAAGGACUCGUUUGAAACCAAGGCUCUGUCCUUGUCAGAGUUUGUCCUUCAGUGCGCCGAUUGCCACAAACUGUGCUUAGAGAAGACGGCUCGCGUAGUGGAGAACCGCAGUCGUGCCCCGCGAGGCUGGGACUCUCUCUUCGACACCGUAGCAGCGGAAAGGCGGUCGGAGGAUUUGGACAUGUGCGAGUCGCGCUGCCAAUAUAUGCGGACCACCUGCCCAUCAGGCGAGAAGGUGCUGGAGUACGAAAAUGUGUUGGCAACGACGUCGCAUCAUGCGAAAAAGGUGAAGCCCGAUCCCGCCGUUUUGCAGGAGGCGUCGCGGUGCGAGCACGCGGUGGAGAUGUUCUCCAACGUGCUCUUCGCUUUGGCGCACAAGCCCAGCAAGGUCGCCUUCUCCACCACGCGGGACCCACGCUCGGGGGCUGAGAAGUACGACAAGACACACGACGGCGCGCCAACUGAAGCGCAUCGAAAGGUCCUGGAAGGCGCCAAGAACAUUGACGAGGAAAUUCUGCGGCGCUGGAGCAAGGCACGCAAUGAUCGACUGCAGAUGGAGAAGCAAGGAAUCCUGCGCAGUCCUGAAGAUACAGGACCAGGUGCAGCGCCAUCAACGCCACCCGAGUCAAGUGGCACGACGCCGAAGUGGUGA